AUGAUAUUUUCAUCAUCAAAUCGUCGUCAUAUAAUUCAUGUUUGUUGUUUUAUUAUAUUUAUUUUCGUAUUCGAAAUAAUAGCCGGUGGUAUAAAUAUAUUUCCAUUAAAUAAAAUAUCAUCAAAUUUAAUUGUAUUAAUCUCAAAUCCAAUUGAAUAUUAUGGUUUAUUAUUAACAAUAAUUAUUUAUUUUAUACGUUUAUUAUCUUUAUUACCAUUGCCAUUAGUUGUAUGUCAUACAUGUGGCCUAAUUUUAUAUAAUAUAUUUCCUGAUCGACCUGAAUUAUUAAAUUCACCAUUAUUAGGACCUAAAAUUCGUAUACGUGUUGUUACACGUGGUGACUAUCCUGAUUUAGUUAAUACAAAUGUUAAACGAAAUUUAGAUACAUGUGCAAAAGUUGGUUUAGAUAAUUUUCAAAUUGAAAUUGUAACUGAUAAAUUUAUAAAUCUACACAAUUUAACAGCUAAUAUGGUACGUCAGGUUGUUGUACCAAGUACAUAUCGAACAAAAUCAGGUGCUCUAUAUAAAUCACGUGCAUUACAAUACGCAUUAGAACCUGAUGUUAAUCAAUUAUCAUCCGAUGAUUAUAUUGUACAUUUAGAUGAAGAAACAUUAUUAACAGAAAAUUCUGUACGUGGUAUAUUAAAUUUUGUUAAUUCAAACGAAUAUGAUAUUGGUCAAGGUCUUAUAACAUAUGCUAAUGAAACAAUUGUUAAUCAUAUAACAACAUUAGCUGAUAGUAUGCGUGUUGGUGUUGAUUUGGGAUGUUUAAGAUUUUGUUUAAAAAAAUUUCAUCGACCACCAUUUUUAUUUAAAGGUUCAUUUGUUGUAUGUCGUGCUAGUUGUGAAUUUGAGGUUACAUUUGAUAAUGGACGCGCUGGUUCAAUAGCUGAAGACACAUAUUUUGCUAUGUUAGCUAUGUCAAAAAAUAAAAAAUUUGGUUGGAUUGAAGGUGAAAUGUGGGAAAAAAGUCCAUUUACAUUAGCAGAUUUUGUUAAACAACGUAAACGAUGGUUACAAGGAAUUUUACUUGUUGUUCAUGAUAUACGAUUACCACUUCGUGUUCGACUUGGUUUAGGUAUUGCACUUUAUUCAUGGGUUACAUUACCAAUAACAUCAUUAAAUGUUAUACUUGCACCACUAUGUCCUAUACCAUUACAUUGGACAUUAAAUUUUCUUAUAAAUUUUGUUGGUGCUGUUAAUAUUUAUUUAUAUAUAAUUGGUGCGGUUCGAUCAUUUUCAUUAGUACGUUUAGGUUAUGCACAAUUUAUAUUACGAAUUAUUGGUACAUUAGCAACGAUUCCAUUUGUUGUUGUAUGCGAAAUAGCUGCUGUUUUGUGGGGACUUUUUAGUGAUAAAGGAAAAUUUUAUGUUGUGGAUAAACAAUUGAAACCACCGGUUCAUGUUUAA